UAUUCGAAACAAACGGUCGCCGAGGACUUCCACCGCCGGAAAUCGUGAACAACUUAGUGCGUGAGUGUGUGUUCUUCAAGGGAAACGCGAAAUUCUCCGUCCAAGCAACAACAACAACAACAACCACAGCAACUACAACUACAAGCAAAAAAGGCAAAAGCCGUAGUUCCUGCGAGACCCACAAGCCGCAAAACCGAAUCAUUAAUAAAGAAAAGCCCAGCCGUCGACAAUAUUGUGCAUGCGGUCGCACCCUGUUGACAUGGCUUAAAUGGGGCAUUAAGUGCACGGUGCUCGGUGCUCAGUGCUCAUACAUGCAAUUCCUACUAAUCAGAAGUGCAAAAAUUUCACAUUGCUGUGCCCAAAAACCAAAAAAAAAAGGAUUAAACUCCGGAUCCCCCACAGCACAUCGCUUGUAAGUCCUGUGUCGACUGGCGUAAAGCUGAUUGCCCGGUGAUACGAGUAUAAGAACUGAACUUUAACGGGGAUACAAAAGGAGAAAGGUGAAAGGAGUGUGGAGUGACCAGCAGCAGAAAAGUGUACAAAGUGACAAGCGAUAGCCACAAAACAACACACGAGAAAAGCGGUGAGAGUGGGAGGUGAAGGAGGAAAAGCAGGAAAGCAGGACCAGUUGACAGCAGCUCAGCCAAUAAAAGCCAACCAAACUCAGUCUGGGCCAAAUUUGGACACACUGAUGCAUACAGCCGGAGGAGGAGGAACUACGGGAGUGGCACCAUCAGAGGAAGGCACCAUCUACAGCAACAGCAACAGCAUCAGCAACCGCAGCAAAACAAAACUGGAAAAGUUGGUCUGAAACAGUCGGCACAAAGGGAAAAAGGAGUAGCAGCCAGCGGAAGCCGAGGCUGAAAAGUUCCCAAAUUUGGUAGACAGACCUCUCUCGUUCCCAUUUUCCACCGGAACAGUUAGCAGCAGUUGGAAUUUGAUUUUAACGCUUACUCGAGAGCUUGGGAUCUGUUCUGAGCUUAGUGUUUGUGGCACUGGCAACUGACAACCAUCACCCAAAGCAGCAUCAACUGGCAGCCGCAUUAAAAUCAGUACCAGCAAAGCUUCACCCCCUCUAAAUCUGCGCAUCAAUGGCCUCACAUUGAGACUGGCUGUCAAAGGGGAGGAUCCGGAAAAUGUUCGCCACUUGCGGCGACACAUGCUCUGACAAUUCAUUGGCUCCUCGCAGCACCCACUAGGCCAAAGCUUGCUCCACCAUGGGCCACUUGCCCCCGCCCCUCCUUCUGCUGCUCGUGUGCCUGGCGAUUUCCACUUGGCGGACCCCUUCGGUCAGCGGCUAUCUGAACAUUUUCAUCAGCCACCUCGAGGUGAUGAAACUGAUGGGACUCGAGGCGGACCUGUUCUAUGUGCACGAGGGAGCCAUCAACACAUACGCGAUGCACUUUACUGUUCCCGUGCCAGCGGACGUCCACGAGCUGGAGUUCUCCUGGCAGAGUCUCAUUGCCUACCCACUGCCGUAUGCCAUUAGUAUCGAGUACAACAACGACCAGGAGGCACUGGGCACGCCCACGCUGAGCAUUCCGCACAAGGGUCUGGUGCCGCAGGAGGUCGAGUCCUUCCUGGUCUAUCUGCCCUGCACCGGCAAUGUGAGCCUGCAGAUGCCCGUCAAUGUCAACAUGGUGGUGCGGGCUCCUCCUCGCUUCAACGACACCCGGCUCCAUUUUAAGCGCAACAAGAUCUGUGCGAAAGGCAUCUCACCUGAGCCCAAUCAAUCGCCAGCCCCCGCCCACGCCCCCUCCCAAGGACCCGCCCUCCUGAGCGCCGCCGCCUGUGCUCUGGGUUUGGUUUUGGCCGUAGGACUUGUGGCCAGCAUGAUGUAUGUGAGGGCUCGCAAACAACUCCGCCAGGACUCGCUACACACCAGUUUCACCACCGCGGCUUAUGGCAGCCAUCAGAACGUGUUCAUUCGCCUGGAUCCCCUGGGAAGACCACCGAGUGCCACGGGAUCCUAUGCGACCAUUGCCAGCCUCAACAAAUACCCGGCGGACAGCAAGAAGUCAUGCAGCAUAUUCGACCGUUUCAGGAGCUCACCCACCCCCACGCCUUAUGCCACCGCCCUGCUGCCCAUGAACCUCGAACAGACCGCAGAGACGAUUUACUCGAAGCCAGAGUCUAUCUGUCCCUCGAGGAUUUCCUACUACGCCUCCUCGCAACUGACCCAGCCCUGUAGCUUGUCGACGCCGAAGAGCAUCCGAAGCAAUGGCAACGGGCAUUGCAACAGCGGUGGCAGUGGCAGUCUGAGCCUUUUCGGUGGCAUCCCCACCGGCAGCACCAUCACGAUGGGCAGCCAUGGGGGCGAGAAGGGCACCCACAACCAGCGCCUGCGACGCAUCCCCAGCGUUCAGCCGGGCGCCCUCAGCUACGAGGAGCUGGUCAAGGAGGGCACCUUCGGCAGGAUCUACGCCGGCAAGCUGGGCGAGUCCUGCGAGGCGCUGGUCAAGACGGUCAUCGACGGCGCCUCGCUCACCCAGGUGGCCUACCUGCUGCAGGACGCCUCGCUGCUGAUCGGCGUCAGCCAUCAGCACAUCCUGGCGCCGCUGCUGGCCAAUACGGAGCUGCCGGGUCCGCCGGAGAUCGCCUAUCCCUAUCCGUCCAAGGGCAAUCUGAAGAUAUACUUGCAAAAGUCGCGGGAAUCAAGCACGGCAUUGAGCACCCGCCAGUUGGUUGAGUUUGGACUGCACAUCACCAAGGGACUGGCCUACCUGCACUCCCUGGGAAUCGUCCACAAGGACGUUGCUACACGCAAUUGCUACCUUGACGAAGAGUCCUAUGUGAAGAUCUGCGACAGCGCCCUGUCCCGCGAUCUCUUUCCGGACGACUACGACUGUCUGGGCGACAAUGAGAACCGGCCGCUGAAGUGGCUAUCGCUGGAAUCGCUCCAGAAGCGGGUGUACGCCACCCAAGGCGAUGUGUGGGCGCUGGGCGUAACCUACUGGGAGCUGGUUACAUUGGCACAGAUGCCCCACGAGGAGGUGGAUAUAUUCGAGCUUACCAAUUACUUGGCUGCCGGCUUUCGGCUAGAGCAGCCCGUCAACUGCCCAGAUGAAUUCUUCACCGUUAUGAACUGCUGCUGGCACAGCGAGGCCAAACAACGACCCACGCCCUCACAACUGCUCUCGUAUCUGCAGGACUUCCAUGCGGAUCUGGGCAUGUAUAUCUAAGCGAGACGAAGGACUGACGAGCGGGAGCCAAGUGAAGUCAAGCGGAGCGAAGCCUAAGAUAAAUUAAUUGAAACUUUUGCAUUUUAAAUGUGAGAUUAAAUGUGAAUUUACCUGUUAGAGUUUGGCGCAAAACCAAUUACAAUGAAAGCCAGCUAACUUCAGAUACGUAAGCAACACACAGAUACACACACAAGUACACUGGGGUGGACCAGUUAGAGUUAGAAAAAUAACUUUUAUCAUUAUCUCGGGAUGUGCAGUUUAAAAAAAACAUAUAUUUUAACGUAAUAGAGACUGCAAAUGGGGCAUACAACAUCAUGAAAAUAAAGUGUAUAAAUUAAGAUCGCACUAUAUAUAAACAUCGAAUAUUCUAUGGCCACAGCUGCAUAUAAAGAGAUCAAAAUAAAACCAAUUCACUGCACUUAAAACGUACAUAUGAACAUCGUAUACACUGCGUAUUAGUGAUGUAGUUUUGAACCAACUCACUUCCCCUAAAGCGUAUGUAUGAAAAAAUUAAAACUUACUCACUUACUGCUUAAAAGGGAUAUGUACAAGUGAUAAAAUUUGUAAGCACCUCACUCGGCGUAAAGAUUACAAAGUAUUAGCUAAGGCCACACUGCGUAUGAGUGAUACGCAAGACCAACUCACGGCUCUUUAAAAGCAAAGCACAUCAAAAAAAAGUUAGAUAGCAACUCAGGUCCACCCAUUAAUAUAACAGUUUGUUGCUAUCAAUUUCCAACCCGAUGACACAAAGCCUGUCACGAAAUGUCCCCCAGGCAGCACGUGGGUUAAGCGUUAGAUAAAUCUGACAUUUAAGUAGUUAGCAAUUGAAUCACAAACACUCACACGCAGAGAAGCACGCAGACACACACUCGCAGACAGACACUAAACUUACAUGAUAAAUGAAUGUGAAUUAUUGA